AUGGAUGCCACUACCAGAACUGGCAUUGCCUUGCUGCACCGCGAGGCGUCUGGAAGCACCUGUGACGUCCGCCUGAAGCUGACAAAGGAGGUCCUCACGAUCCAGAAACGAGACGUGGUCUGUGUCGGUGGGAGCAGUCACGGCACACAUCACAGAACUGUUACGCUUCGCAGAGAGCCCGUUGGUGGCUUGGGCCUGAGUAUAAAGGGAGGUGCCGAGCACAGGGUCCCUGUCGUCAUAUCGAGGAUAUUCAGAGGCCAUGCAGCUGACCAGACAGGGAUGUUGUUCGUAGGAGAUGCCAUGCUGCAGGUUAACGGCAUUAACGUAGAAGAUGCAACCCAUGAAGAAGUGGUGCAUCUUUUGAGAAAUGCUGGCGACGAAGUGACCAUCACUGUUGAGUAUCUCAGGGACGCGCCAUCAUUUCUGAAGCUCCCGUUAGGGUCCCCAGGGCCAGCCAGCGACCACGGCAGCCGGGCCUGCUCUCCACUGUUUGACAGCGGCUUGCAUUUGAACGGCAACCCCACCAGCACAGCUCCAUCAUCACCUUCCUCGCCCGUAGCUAACGAACCAAAAUAUGAGAAGCGCUGGCUAGACACCCUGUCAGUUCCGCUGUCUAUGGCUCGAAUCUCAAGGUACAAGGCUGGAGCGGAGAAAUUAAGGUCCAGCGCAUUUGAGGUGCUGGCUCUGGACGGGAUCAGCACGGGGAUCCUGCGGUUUCACACGGCCCAGGAGAGCGCCGACUGGCUGAGAGCAGUGUCCGCGAACAUCAGUGACCUGACAAGACAGAGGGUAAGGAUGGAGAAUAAGUGCUCUUCCCCUUGUGACCAGGUUGUGCAUAUGGGAUGGGUCAGCGAGAGACUCGAAGGCGCUGGCUCCUGUCACACCUUCCGAUCCAAGUUCCUGGCCCUGAAGGGCUCGUCCCUCCACGUGUUCAGCACCCCUCCGGUUAGCACAUUAGACUGGGUACAAGCAGAAAAAACCUACAACCUCUGUGAGGUACUAUUUAAACUUCACAAGUUCUGGCUCGCUGAGGAUUACUGGCUGCACGCGGACUUCGGCCUGGGGCCUCACGGCCUUGAGGACACGCAGCCCUACUGCUUCAGUGUCCUGGUCGGCCACGGCCAGAGUCACCUGUUCAGCGUGGAGCUGGGGAGUGAGCUGGCUGUGUGGGAGAGGUCUUUCCAAAGAGCUACUUCCAUGGAAGUUCAGAGAAGCAGGUCCAGAACAUACACAUGUAGCUGGCAAGGAGAGACGCUGUGUUUCACGGUGGAUUUCGCGUUGGGAUUCACCUGUUUUGACAGUAAGACAAAGAAUGUGCUCUGGAGAUUUAAAUUUUCUCAGCUUAAGGGAUCUUCAGAUGACGGAAACACUCGAGUGAAGCUGCUGUUCCAGCAUCUGGACACGAAACAGAUAGAGGUGAAGGAGCUUGAAUUCCCGGACCUGACGGCUGUCCUGCACUGCAUUCACGCCUUCCUAGCAGCAAAGGUGGCCUCCGUGGACCCAGCAUUCAUGGACCGCCAGAGCAUCGCGAGGAAAGUGCUUCUGUUGAGCACUGAACGUUAA